AUGAAAGGUCAGAAUCCAAAUCGUUCCAAUUCUCAAAAGAAUGGCCAUCGUAGGUCGAAUUCACGCGUAAGCAAUAGUAGUAUUAGUCCUAGUUCAACUAAUGGUUCUGGUAUAACUGCUUCUGCUACCAAUGGUAACGGAAAUGGAAAUGGUAAUUCAAUUCCUCAACUGAAUUCAAAUCAAUCCCUUAAUGUCGAUGAUCAAGCAGGAAAUGAUCGCCUUUUAUACUUGAUAUCAAAAUCUAUCGGUAAGAAAGUUAUAGCCACUUUAACUAAUGGAUCUCGUUAUCAAGGUUUAUUACUUAAUGGUGAUUUAUCUGCUAAUGGUGAAUCUGCUUUAUCUGUUGUUUUAAAUAAACCAGUACUUAUAUCUAAAAGUUUAAUUGAUGAAAAGAGCAAUAUCGAUAAUAUUAAUGAUAUUCCCGAUAAGUUGAUUAUAAAAUCAGGCGAUUUAAUUGAUAUUGAAAUUAAGGAUCUUAAUGAUAAUCAAUCAUUCCAUAAAAAAUCAACUCCAACCCCAACGGCAACCCCAACCCCAACCCCAACUCCAACUUCAACUUCAACUUCAACCCCAACUAAUAACAAUACUACUAAUUCAGAUGAAUUAUCAUCAUCAUCAAAAUUCAGAACUGAUGCCGAUAUUUCAGGUCGGUUAAAUUUAAGAGAACGUGAAUUAGAAAGAUGGGUUCCUGAUGAAGAUAUCUCUCAUAAUCCAAGUUUAUCAUUAACUUCCGAUGAUAUCAAUCAUAAAUCAGGAAGUUGGGAUCAAUUCAAAGUUAAUGAAGAAAAAUUCGGAGUUGAAUCAACUUAUGAUGAACAUUUAUAUACUACUAGAAUUGAUAAAUCUGCCCAUGAUUAUCAUGAAAAAGUUAAAAAAGCUGAACAAAUUGCUCGUGAAAUCGAAGGUCAAUCAACUACUAAUAGUCAUAUAUUAGAAGAAAGAGGUAUUCAAGUUGAUGAUAGUGGCGUUGAUGAAGAAGAUAAAUAUUCUGGUGUUGAUAGAAGAGGUGAUGAAUUAAUGGCUGCUUUAAGAAAUACCAGUAUUUCCAAUGAAAGUGUUAAUACUUCAGCCGCUACUACUGCUUCCUUGUUUAAUAAAUCAUCUUCAUCUAUUUCAGGGCCAGAUAAAUAUCUUCCUCCAAGACAAAGAGCUGCUCAUUAUCAUAAUGAUCCUGCUAUUAUCUCAAGUUCUGCUACUAAUAAAGUUGUCAAAGGUGCAAGUCCAGGUCCAAUUGGUUCACCUGUACCUGGUAUUGAAAAUAAUCCAAUUCAAACUCCACCACCAUCCACCACUGUUGAUCAAUCACAUGAACAAGCUAAAUCAUCUGCUAAAUCUACUGCUAAACCAGUCUCUAUUCCUCCAAAACCUCAAGUUCCAACUCCUCAACAUCCAAAUGAAGCAUUUAGAUUAAAUGCUCAAAGUGAAAUCAAUUCCUUAAAAGAUUUUAGUGCUAAUUUCAAAGUUCGUCAUAAGAUGCCUACUGAUUUAUUACCUAUUUUAGCUAAGGAUAAAGCUAAACAAGAUGAAAUCUUACAAAAACAAGCUGAAGUAGCUCAAAAUCAAAAGAAAGAAAAGGAAGAACAACAAGUUCAAGCUAGUACUAAUUCUACAACAACUACUACUCCAGCUCCUGUUGCAGAUGCUGCUCCAAAGAAGAAGAUGGAUCCAACUAAACCACCAUUUAAAUUAAAUCCAAAAGCUGCUGUGUUCACUCCAUCUGCUAAGCAUAACACUCAAAUAUCACCUCCACCUCAAAAGGUUGUUUAUCACAGAUCACCUAAUGGUCCAUCCCCAAGAAUGGUCAAUUCAAGAGCUUAUUCUACAUCUAAUGGUAGUAGUGGUGGUAUACCUGGUCUUAAAAGAUAUCAUCAAAUAUCACCAGCUGAUUUUUUCGGAGGGGUUAAUAAGAUUCCAACUAAAGAAAGUCAACAAACUAAAGAAAAGAAUUUCCAAGUUUACUUUAAUUUAUUUGUAACAACUAAAAAGAAGUAUGAAGAAAAGAAAGCUUCUGAAGAAUCUGAUGAAUCAUCAUCAGGUAAACCGCAACCUCCAAUCUUUUAUGAAAAGGCUUUUCAAACUCCUCCAACUUGGGAUUCGACUGUGGAUGAUACUUAUGAUAAAUUAUUCCCUCCUCCAAAUGCAUUUAAUAAAAGCUCAUUACCUCCAAAUAUGGGUGUGCCAUCUAAUGCUGGAUCACAAUUCAUGCCAAGUCCAAUGAUGGGUAAUCCUGGUAUAAUACCGACAGGUUAUCCAAGUCCGGUUAAUUCAAAGUAUCCAUUAUCUGCUCAACAACAACAACAACAACAGCAACAAGUUGCUAUGGCUCAAUUCCAACAACAAAUCCAACAACAACAACUUCAACAACAACAACAACAAUAUUUGAUGUAUCAACAACCAUACAUGGCACCAGGACAAAUGCCGAUGUUAUAUCCUGGUGCUGAUCCAACAUUCUUACCUCCUGGUAGUUUCAUGCCUCCUCCUGGAGGAUAUGUUUCGGGUGGUAGUCCAGUUAAUGGGAAUCUUAUAUUGAAUCCUAACUAUAAUCCAAAUAAUAAUAAUGGUGGUGGUCAUUAUAAUAAUCAUCAUCAUUCCAGUGGGAGAAGAUAUUCCAAGAGAGGUGGUCAUAAUAAUUAG